AUGGCUACCUCCGGCGCAACCUCUUCUGCUAAAAAUCCACCGCUGAGGAAUCUUCAAACCAGGUUGAAGGCGUUACUUGAAAUGUUUAAAAACUUAACCACGUUUGCGAACACAUUGGGCGAGGUAACAUCAGUUCAACAGAUUCAGGUCAGGUUGGAAAAAUUGAACGAACUCUGGGAUAAGGUCAACGAUGCUAUCAUGGAUGUUGAAAUGCAUGAUGAGUAUCCAACGAAGGAAGGCAACUGCCCAGGCAUAAGGUUGGACUUCACCACGCGCUUCUACGAUGUUAAGGCGAGCAUGUUAGACCGGAUCAAGGAGCUGGAAGGAAAUGCUGCGAACACUAGUGUCUUGCAGUCCACUCGUAUCAUGGAUUCAUCCAUUCAGCCAGUGACGGAACAUGUGAGGUUACCCCAAAUACGUCUGCAGACAUUCGACGGCAACAUUGACCAGUGGCUGAGUUUCCGAGAUCUUUUCCUGUCGCUGAUCCAUUCAAAGGUGGACUUACCGGAUGUGGAAAAAUUCCACUACCUCAAGGGAUAUCUAGCUGGAGAAGCUAGAUCGCUCAUCGACCCCUUGGCAUUGACGAGGGCCAACUACUCCAUCGCUUGGGACACUUUGAUGUCAAGAUACAACGACAGCAAGGUUUUAAAACGUCGUCAGGUUGGAAAUUUGUUCAAACUUCCGAAAGUUUCCAAAGAAUCGUCAUCGGAGAUCCAGGUGUUGCUCGAAGGUUUUGAACGUGUUGUGCAAACCUUAGACCAACUAGUGAAACCUGAAGACUACAAGGAUUUACUGCUGUUCGAAGUAUUGUGUUCCAGGGGAAUUGUGGGAAGAGCAUAG